AUGGCUUUUGGUUUGAUAUCACGAAAAAGUGCAAUGGAUGCACUGGAAAAGCAGAAUCCACAACAGGUGACACCGGAAGAAUGGAAAAAGGUUUUAACCCCUUUGGAAUACAGUGUUGCUCGAGAAGGUGGUACCGAAAGGCCAUUCUCAGGAAAAUUUGACAAACACUUCGAGACCGGGUUGUAUGUCUGCCGCUGUUGUGGAGCACAACUUUUUAAAUCAGACGCUAAAUUCAAUUCGAGCUGCGGCUGGCCAGCUUUCUCAAAAUCCGUGGACAAUGAUUUGAACAUAGUGAGGUCAAAGGAUACUUCAAUGGGAAUGGAACGUGUUGAGGUGCGGUGCAAACAGUGUAAUGCUCAUUUGGGGCAUGUUUUCAAUGAUGGACCAAAGGAAACUGGUGAACGUUAUUGCAUAAACAGUUGUUGUAUUGAUUUUGAGAAGUAA